AUGAAUUCCAUCAACACUUUGCAUGGUGCUGGUAGGACUUUGUCCACUGACAACUUCGCUAACGUAGAUGGGGGUACUAGCACCAAUGAUACCAUUAUUGCUUUGGCUAGUGGUUUAUCUGGAUCAAACAUGAUAUCAUCAUUACACAGUUCUGAAGGAAACCAACUACAAAUGUGCCUUGAUGCGGUAAUGCAAGGGCUUGCCAAAUCAAUAGCAUGGGAUGGAGAAGGGGCAACAUGUUUGAUAGAGGUGGUAAUUUAUGGUAGGGAUCCAAAUUGGGGGCGGAUAGCCUGUGCUGUAGGGUGUGUGGGGAUUUUUUUUGACUCAAAUGCCCUUAGAAUAGCACUUGGAGAUAUUCUACUUAUGGAAGGAGGCCAGCCACUUCCAUUUGAUAGGGCAGCAGCUAGUAAUUACCUGAAAGAGGCUGGUGAUGCUCAUGGCACUGUCAAAAUUCAGAUAUCCAUAGGGGAUGGACCAGGAACAGGGUUAGCAUGGGGAUGUGAUUUAAGUUAUGAUUAUGUCAAGACUAAUUAUGCAACCUCUUUAGGCCCGGGCAGUCUUGAUAAAUGCUGUUCAAGCAAAUGCAGCCACGAUGCAGGUUACCAAGAUGUAAUAGACUGCUCAUAUGCCCUUUCCAAUGAUAGAAAUCAGAAGAUUGGAGAGAAGCCACUUCUUUCUGUCUCUAGCUUUGUACAGGCAGCUCGCAACAAUGUGCUUCUUGAGAUCUGUUAUAAGAAUUCAACCGGAGGAUCAGAGCUUAGCACUAAUUAA